UUUCAUUUCACCCUUCCCUCACCUCUCACAUAUAUAUACCCUCCUCGCUCUUCAAUCCCAAACCUCCCACAAUCAGCAUUCACAAUCUUCUCAUCUUUCAAUCGAUUCCUCAGAAUCUCACUUCCGAUCUCAUCUCUUUCUCACAAUCCCUCCCAAGUUUCUGCAAAAUGAGGAUGAGCUGUAAUGGAUGUCGCGUUCUCCGAAAAGGUUGCAGUGAGGAUUGUAGCAUCAGGCCUUGUUUGCAGUGGAUCAAAUCUCCAGAAUCUCAAGCCAACGCCACUGUGUUUCUUGCUAAGUUCUAUGGCCGUGCUGGCCUCUUGAACCUCGUCAACGCCGGUCCUCAGCACCUUCGUCCAGCUAUUUUUCGGUCUCUGCUUUACGAAGCAUGCGGGCGAAUACUUAACCCGAUUUAUGGGUCCGUGGGUCUUUUAUGGUCCGGGAAUUGGCAGCGUUGUCAGGCCGCCGUGGAGGCGGUGCUGAAGGGCAAUCCGAUCACGCCGAUCAACUCCGAAGCCGCCGGGAGUGGUCCACCUCUGAAGCCUUACGACAUACGUCACGUGUGCAAGGACAAGAACUCGACUGAGUCGAACGAUGCCCAACGGGUUAAGCCUCGGUCGCGGUUCAAGCGAUCAGCCGGGAAGUCCAAGAAGGCCAACAAGGGAACCGGGUUGAAGUCUGAUGAACCGGAAGAACCGCGCAGUGGGUGCACCGUGUGUUGCGCGGCCGUUGAUGAGGUGGCAAACCGGUCGGCUAGUCAUGAGUCGUCGCUGAGUCACCAAUCGGAGGACGCGCCGCCGGAUGUGGCGGUGGCGGUUGAAGGGGAGAGCAAAGAGAGCGAGAGCAUGGUUUCGGUUGAAACCGCUGAGACUUCGAUGCUCUUCCGGGAUGAACCGGAAUCAACAGAGAAGCAGAGCGACCGAGCCCACGACGACGCGGGGUCCGACGUGGGUCUGGGUCUGGAGCUGACGCUAGGGAUCAAACCGGUGCCACGUGCGGAUCACGUGAUGCCGGUUAAGAAGAGAAAGAUAGAAUUUCAUGACUCGGAUUGCGACUCGGCUAAUAAGAAAGCAUCAUGCGUGAAGCUGGGGCUCGAAUGCUCAGCUUGAUGUGGGGACGGCUCGGAUUUCAAUUUUGGCUCAAUCGGCUCGACCCUCUCUUCUUGGUUUUAAUUAUAGAGUCUUGCUUUGCUUAGCUUGUUAAUUAAUUAGUUAUAAUAAUUUUGGGGUUAAGUUUUAAAUGAGAAAGAUGUACAAAGAUGGUUUGGAAUGUAGAGGGAAUAGUACGUUUGCAUCGUUUGACUGAAUUGAAAGGUCUGAGGGGUGAGUACUGAGUACUGAGUACUAAGUACUGAGUAACAUAACACAGACAAUGCAAAAGUGAAAGAAAAGAAAAAGAAGAAUCUUUCUUUUCCAAUAA